AUGGAAAAAAGCCUAGGUUUUAUGGGAUGUUCUUCAGAUAUUGCUGGAAAUAGUCAUAAAGUGGUUAAAGAAAACGAAUAUGAAGAAGAAGAUUUUAGUCAGCUAGCAGUAAAAAUUAAGAUAAGUCUAAAAGA